AUGGCUGAGGACAUCUCCCUCAGGGACAGCCCGGAAGCCGGAGGACUGGAGUUCGUUGGCUCUCUCCCACCGUGUAGGAGAGUUUUGGUACCCACACCGCCCCCCCGCCUCAGCUCUCCACCCCGCCAGGGGGAGGGACUGCCACGCGGGUGCCUCGAUCUUUCGCUAGACCUCCGGGUCGGGACUGCCCCGGGGUUCAGGGGGGGCCCGAAAGGGGGCAGGCCUCUGCUCCCCCUCCCCAGGGGCCAGACCCCCUCCCGCACAUUUCCCAUCACAGCCCCAGGCCUCCGCUCCCACGCCGCUCGGACCCCGGCCUCUCGCGCGCCCCGGGCCCAGUCGCCCGGCCCCUUCCCUGGCACCCGCAACCCCGCCCGCAGCCGAGGCUCCAGAUGGCGGCUCCUCGCGCUCGGCUCGCGGCCCCCAGACGCCGCCCGGCAGCAGCCGCCGGUCGCUCCCUCCCUCCCAGCUGCUGCGGCGGCGGAGACCGCGACUGCUCGGCGAGGAGGGCGGGCUCCUCCGCCGGCUCGGCUUGGGGUAGGAGCCGGGCCGCCGAGGGGCGCGCCAGAGCCGUGCCCGCGGGGAAGGAGCCCUGCAGGCCCCAGGUCCCCGGCGCCGCGGGCCGAGCCGGCGCGGGACCCCAGCACCCGAGGGACCGCCGAGUUGAGCGCCGCGCAGCCGCCAGGAGGGGGCGCCCAGCACCCCGGAGCCCCUGCCCGAGGGCGGGCUCCGCCCGGACGUCCCGCCCCGGCCCUGUCGAAGGCUGUCCCGGCCCAAGAGGUGCCCCCUUCUGCCGGAGAGCGACUUGUUUUCCUGCAAUUUCACGAAGAGUUGGCCUCGCUUCGCCAGAGGAAUACCCAAAGACAGACGGAAAACCGAGCAGAGAGAGUUGAAUGUCGAAAAAGAACCCCGAGAUCGCCCAGCGAAAAUGUGUGGCGGAAUCCUGCAGAAGGAGUCAACUUUCAGGCCGUUCAAGACCUCCAGUCAUUAGCAUCAGCUGCUGCACUAAAGGGGCAAGCCAGCGCCUCUAAGUGGCUUAGCGCACAAACGAGGCUCCCGAGACGGCCUCGGCCUCUCCAUCCACUCUUCCACCACCUGCUGGACGUGAAAAGCUCUCCGGAGCCCAUCUCGGCAGACCCUACUUGACAGCAACACCAACACCUCUCGACAUGGAAAUACACUGAUAUAAUAGG